GCAGGUCAGAUCUUAUAGUCAAUGUUUUACAAAUCACUUUUCCAUAUCUCUAUCAUUAGAUAUUCGAGAUGAUAGUACACGAAUUGCAAUGUCAAAGGUUAGAAUUACGGCAGAUGUUGAGUAGCCUUAAAGAGAAACAGUUGCAAAUGAAGUUUCUGAAGGAACGAGAAGGCUGGUGUAAAAAUUGUUUGAAUCAAGUCAAAUUACCAGCUUUAGACACAUUUUCAAUUCAAUUGGAUGACGAUCAAACUGUCAUAUCUCAAGCACAGGGAAAAUCUCUUCGGAAAUGGCGUCACAGAAUCCUAGAAAUGGACGAUUGGGAUAAAAUAGAAGAACAGAUCAAGUUCCUAGAAAUUGUAAAGGAUGGAUGGCAAUCGGACGAUCCACCUUUUGACAAGCAUAAUAUUUACGAAUUAUACGCUUUACAAGCACAGACCAAAGAUUACUGUCUGCCUAAGAAGAAUUGGCGUGAAAAUUUACGUCGUGAUCGUAGAUGCAAUAAAGAUUAUUGGAUCGAUAAAGAGAAAGCAGCGUAUGCUGAACUCAAUGCCAUAAAAAAAAAAUUAGUACAUUCUUGAAUAAACAUUUGGAUAAGCGAUUAACAUUAACACGACUGUCAAUUGUUCACAUUUUAUCACGUCCCUUAUCCUGAUGUAAUAAAUUAUAAAUAUUUAUAAACGUAGUAUUGUGUACAGGAAUGGAUCAGCAUAACGAUUAACCAAAUCUAAG